AUGCAUGUUCGCAUGGACGAUGAAUCAGGACGUUGGCACGUUGCAUACUUUUCAGACGCGCAUAACCACCGCGUUCUUAAAUUGCAAUUUUCUUCCAUGCUCCCAGGCCAUCAGAGGAUGAGCGAAUCGGACAUCGAGCAGAUGAACGACAUGCACAAAGGGAGCAUUGGCGUCUCGCGAAUCCACGGUUUUAUGGCGAGCCUAGCCGGCGGGUGUCAUAAUGUCCCCUAUACAACAAGGGACAUGCACAAUGUGAAUGCGAAGCAACGGAGGGAGGGUGUCCUAGAUGCGGAAUCGUGCUUAAGGUAUCUUCGAGAGUACAAGGCAAAUGAUCCAGCACUGUACUACAAAGAAAUUGUUGAUAGGGAGGGCGUGUUACAAUAUUUGUUUUGGUGUGACGGCACCAGCUAA